AUGCCCUUUGGUCUCUGCAACGCCCCUGGCUGUUUCGAGCGCCUGAUGGAGAGGGUGUUGGAGGGCCUGCAGUGGAAGACAGCGCUCGUCUACAUCGACGACGUCAUCGUCUUUGGGAGCACCUUCGAGGAGGAGCUGGAUCGGGACGGCGUGUGCACCGACCCACAGAAGGUGGCAGUGGUGGAGAAGUGGCCCGUUCCCACCAAUGUGGUGGAAGUCAGGCGCUACCUGGGCCUGUGCACGUACUACCACCGCUUCAUGCAGGACUUCGCCAGCGUGGCAGCCCCUCUCCACCGGCUCACCAGGAAAGGGGCGUGCUUCCUGUGGGACGAGGCGUGCCACGCCGCGUUCAACGGCCUGAAGAAGGCACUGGUGGAGGCACUGGUCCUGCCUUACCCGGACCCGAAGCUUCCCUACCUGUUGGACACCGACGCCAGUGCCGAGGGCGUCGGGGCGGUCCUGUCACAGGUGAAGGACGGAAGUGAGCACGUCGUGGCCUACUACAGCGCCAAGUUCAGUAGACCUGAGUGCAACUACUGCGUGACGAGGAAGGAGCUGCUGGCGGUGGUGAAGUCUCGAGCACUUCCACCCGUGCUAGCGGGCGUCGCUGAGGGGGAUGACAAGUGGCGUAAGGCGCAGCGUGAGGACGCUGAUCUCGCUCCCAUCAUCCAGUGGCUCGAGGCUGGCGGGGAGCGCCCCGGCUGGGAGGCAGUGGCGGUGGAGAGCCCCGCCACCAAGUGCCUAGUAGAUCAGUGGGAAACUUUGCGAGUAGACAAGAGCGGUGUGUUAGUAAAGCGCUGGGUGGCGUUGAGCGGCGUGGGUGGUAAUGCGUGGGUUGUGUUAGUGCCCCGAGCCUUGCGCGCUGAGGUGCUGAGGGAGUUACAUGCCGGACUUACCAGUGGCCACUUGGGCGAGAAAAAGACCCUGUGCCGUCUCCGUCAACGCUUCUACUGGGUGGGAAUGCAAAGUGACGUGUCCGAGUGGUGUAGAGUGUGUGACGUGUGCAGUGCAAAGAAGGGCCCCACCAAGAGAAACCGAGCUCCGUUACAGGUGCACUGCGUGGGGGCGCCCAUGGAGCGGGUGGCCGUGGACAUUGCCGGCCCGCUGCCUCUCACGCCACGGGGUAACCGGUACAUCUGUGUGGUGAUGGGCUAUUUCACCAAGUGGCCCGAGGCGUAUGCACUCCCUAACCACGAGGCCGAGACCGUGGUGGGCGUGCUGUCUGAUAGCAUGGUGGAGCACUUCAAUCGGACCCUUGCGCAACAGCUGGCCAAGUAUUGCGGGGAAGGCCAAGAAGACUGGGACGUCAAGCUGCCUGCUAUGCUGAUGGCGUACCGGUCCGCUGUGCAUGAGGCAACGGACUACACACUCGCCCGCCUCAUAGCCCCUGGAGGGGCCGACACGGUGGUGGCAGCCCUCUCGGCCAUCACCGACCAGAGGCGCCGGGGACGAACGCGCCCGUCUGUUGUCCACGUGGACCGGCUGUGGCGUUACCACGGUCCAGGGCGCUACUCCUGA